CUGUUCCCGGCAGGUUGUCACCCGACAGUGGAAGGCUCACAAUCAGCGGGUGUCACUGCUCGAUAUAUCGUUGCCAAGUAGAACGAAGGCUGGAUGAGAAAGAUGUCCGCUCGAACAAGAUUAGGGCUUCUUCUCUGCUUGUUGACGGUGUCAGACAGCAGGGCGCGCAUCUCGACGGAGUCGGUGUUCGCCACAGACCAGGCGGUGCUGGAGGGCUCUCCGGCCACCCUGCGCGCCCGCCACUGUCUCACAGACGACUACACGACCUCUGAGGGCGAGGAGGCUGCCGCCGUGGCCGCCGCCCUGCAGCGCUGUGUGCAGAGGCUGGAGAGGGGCGGCUUGGAGCCGGCCUGCGACGGAGUGCCAGUAGUUAGUCUGCUGUAUGUCUGUUUGGCCAACAGGUGAGGUCCGGAUAUGACCCUGGAUAUGUCAGAGAGGUUGGGACAGUGUGGGACUGGCAUGGAGGGAAAAGAGAAUGGGUGUGCCAGUGUCGAUG